UAGAAGCAGUAUAAUUUUUCUUACAAAUUGGAAAUUGUAAAAAUAAACACAAAAACACAUUAAAUAAUGUCCAUUAUAUCAAAAAGUGUUAAAUUCUUUGAACUUUGUCAAAAGUUUGAAAAGAUCAAAACCACCGAAGGCAUUGCCCAAAAAGAACAAAAACUCCAUCAAACUUUAACAUCUUUUUUAGAUUUUACAAAAGAAUUUCGUCGAAAUAACGGAGAUGAUAACAAUUCAAAUUUUUACUGCCUUCUGAGAUGUCUUCUGCCAGAUUCGGACAAUGCCAGAGACAGUUAUGGCAUUCAAAUUACAACUUUGGGAAGAAUUUAUAUCAAAAUUCUUCAAUUACCUCCUGGAGGAAGCGAUGCAUUAAAAUUGCUACAUCGAAGUCCAAAUAAUGGCCAACAUGGAGACUAUGCUGAUAUAGUUUAUGGGGUUCUUAAAACUCGAACAUCCAAUACACCGAGUGAUCUCAAAUUGUUUGAUAUUCACGCAAUGUUGGAUACUAUUUCGUCAGAAGAUCGCAAAAGCGUGGAAAACAUCUUGACCAAACUUUCAGAAACUGCAUCUGCUUUUGAACAAAAAUGGUUUAUUCGUCUACUUCUCAAGCGAAUGAAUUUAGGAAUCGGUGAAGCAAGAAUAUUUUCUAUGCUUCAUCCCAAAGCAAAAGAAUACUUUGCCAGAUGCUCAGAUUUGGAAAAAGUUUGUAUUGCCAUUGAACGUGGUGAUGAAAUGUGCUUGGAGAAAACUAUAGCUCCAUUCAGUCACGUUCGCCCAAUGUUAUGUGAACGAUUAAAAACAGAAUGCUUGUAUACAAUGAUGGGCAAUGACACUUUAUACGCUGAAACCAAAAUGGAUGGUGAACGUUUUCAAUUGCAUAAACAAGAUGAAACAUUUAAAUAUAUUUCACGCAACGGUGUCGAUUAUACCAAAUAUUUUGGAAGUAAUCAGAAUGAAGGGAAUUUGACACCAUUGGUAGUGGGUUUGAUGGAGACGUUUGUUAAGAGUGUCAUCUUGGAUGGCGAGAUGAUGGUUUGGGAUAAAGAAACAGAGUCAUAUCGUGUAAAGGGUGAAAACUUUGAUGUUAAACAUCUUCAAGUAGGUGGUAACCUACGUCCUUGUUUUGUUGCUUAUGAUCUGAUUUAUCUAAAUGGAAAGAGUUAUACUGAAAAAUCUUAUGCAGAACGUGUGGAUAAGAUGAAGACUUGUUUCAGAGAACAGGCAGGAGUUUUGCAAUUGGGAAAGAGAACAAAAUUGUGUACUUUGCAACACUUUAUGGACAUCUUUAAUGAGGCUUUGGAUGCAAACGAAGAGGGUGUUGUCAUUAAAAUGCAUCGAUCCAAAUAUGCACCUGGAUCUCGUACUGGAGGAUGGUUUAAAGUUAAGGCUGAUUAUAUAAAAGAUCUCGUUGCUGACAUGGAUAUGCUUAUAAUGGGUGGCUAUUAUAAUCGUACCAAGACAUACGUUAAUAGCUACUUAGUUGGUGUUAUUCAAGGCGAUGAAAACGAUGCAAAGUUACAUUGUGUAGGUAAAGUUGCUAUUGGAUUAUCGGCAAGUGAAAGAACAACUUUGAAUUCAAAUCUAGCUUCAAAAUGGAAAAAAGGAUUUAUACCUAAAACACUUUGCUUUGGACAUUUAAGUCCUGAUGUAUGGAUUGAACCAAAAGAUUCAAUUGUAUUGAAACUUAAAGCUAGUGAAUUAGGACAAGCAUCUUCAUUUGCAACACCAUAUUCUUUGAGAUUCCCUCGAAUAGAAGAAAUUAGAAGUGAUAAGCCUUGGUUUGAAUGUAUGACAUUAAAAGAAUAUGAAGAUUUUUAUCAGGGCGAUCAUGGAGUUAAAAAAAUCAACAAACGUGCACUAAAUGAACAGGACAUCUCUUCUCGUAAGAAACCUAGAACCAGCACUUCUAGAACUAAAACUUCAACUACAGUAUAUUCCAAUAAUUUCAAUUGGAAUGAUGUUUCAGUGGAAUCCUCAUUGUUUGAGGAUUUUAAUUUUUGUAUUCUAAGCUCUGUGCGAGGAAGCGAACAAACAUUGAACAAAUUGAAAGAGCUCGUUGUUAAAAACGGUGGAAAUAUUGUAGAGAAUCCCUCACCGACAGACUAUAAAUGCAUCUGCAUUGCAGGUGACAUCACAUAUCGUGUUGAAAAACUUUGUCAAACUGGUAAUUACAAUGUCGUGUCGUGUAAUUGGUUAGUUGAUACCGCUGAGCGAAAACGUAUGCAACUGAAACCCAGAGAUAUGAUUAGUUCAACAGCUGAAUUAAGGGAACAACUUAAGGACCUUUUUGAUGCUAACGGGGAUUCCUAUACUGACCAUCUUGAUGUGAAUGAAUUACAAUGCCUUUUAGCUGAAUUGGAUUCAAAUGCUUUACCAUUGUUGCAAGAACAUGAAAUGACUGCUCUUGAAGAGGAUAUUUAUGGCGAAAACAAAUCUCCAAAUUUCUUUCGCAAUACCAAAGCUUUUUUCUAUAGUCCAGAUGAUAAGGGAACACUAACACAUGCAAGUACUAUUGCCAAGUUAACAUUCCAAUGGCGUGGAGGUGCUUGUCCCGAUGUACAAACCUUAGAUGGAGAAAAGAAAAUAAGAUAUGUUUUUGCCAACUUAAAAGAAACUGAUAUGAAUGCACUGGAAAUGUGGUUUCUUGUGACAUUUACAAAACGUCUUCUUAAAGUUAAAGUUGUAUCCAUUGAUUGGAUAACUAACAGUGAUAAAGAGGGCAAGAGAUUGCCAAUUGAUAAUUAUUUAAUAAAUUUCUAAUUAUGAUAAAAA